AUGCAAACAAUAAAGUGUGUUGUGGUUGGUGAUGGUGCCGUUGGAAAGACGUGUCUUUUAAUUUCUUACACGACAAAUAAAUUUCCUUCGGAAUAUGUCCCAACGGUGUUUGACAAUUACGCAGUUACAGUUAUGAUUGGUGAUGAACCAUAUACAUUAGGAUUGUUUGACACUGCUGGCCAAGAAGAUUACGAUCGUCUUCGUCCACUUUCUUAUCCUCAAACUGAUGUCUUUCUCGUUUGCUUUUCGGUAACUUCACCUGCAUCAUUUGAGAAUGUCAAAGAGAAAUGGUUUCCCGAGGUGCAUCAUCAUUGUCCCGGGGUUCCCUGUUUGAUUGUAGGCACGCAAGUAGAUUUAAGAGACGAUCCGACCGUCGUGGAAAAACUCUCAAGAUCAAAGAUGAGACCGGUCACUUCAGAACAGGGCGAAAGACUUGCGAAAGAAUUAGGAGCUGUGAAAUACGUGGAAUGUUCAGCUUUGACACAGAAGGGAUUAAAGAAUGUUUUUGAUGAGGCUAUUGUGGCAGCUUUGGAGCCGCCGGUUUUUCGUGAGACCAUACUUGAUCUGCAAUUUCUUACCAUUUUCUUGGAGGAGCACACAAUCUGGUUUUUAGAUGAGUGGGCAGAUCUUCAUGGUGCCUGGAGUGAGAGCUGCAGUGAUAUAAUUAGAGGUGACUUCUGGUCAGCGGACACGCUGACUCAAGAACGAGUGGGCCCGAAUGAUGAUAGCGCUCAUAAGUCAUUGAAUGGGCUAGCGACCUGUUUUUUGUUAUGCAAUUAUCUAAUAAGUUCAGUUAGGCUAAACAAUACUUAUUAUAGAAUUCUAAUACAGCCACAGAUAGUUGUUGAGACGCAAAUAUUUUUUACCUUUUGGAUGCGUGCAGAUCAAGGUUCUGAUUCUUGGCGUUGGACGAAUAGUCGCGACUUUAAGAUGAUGCCGAAAUCCCAUAUGGGCAAAUCCAGUUUAUUGGCCUUCCGAUGCAAUGCAUUGAUGCUGUCACCGACAAGACAGAGUACCUCGAGGUUUGAUUCAGGAUUCAAUUCUGUGCCUUCGGCCGCGCCGCUUUGGCAAGUCGACUUUACUUUUCAUGUUAUGACCUUCACAACGCUAACGACUUUUUGGCUCGCUUUACCUCAGAUUCGAUCUCUCGACAAGAAAGUUUUUGUGAUCAGAUUAAAAGAGCGCUGCGAGAAACAGUCAGUACAAUUGUGA